UCCCCUCCCCUCCCGCUGCGGGAAAAGUGGCCGCGGGCGCCGCUACUCGCUGUGGGGCGGGCGCGGCGGCGGCGGCGGCGGACGAGAUGCGAGCGCGGCCGCUCUGGGCCGCCGUGCUGGUGCUGGGGGCGCUGGCGGGCGUCGGUGUCGGAGUGUCCAACAUCUGUACCACACGAGGCAUCCACUCCUGCCAGGAGUGUCUGGCUGUGAGUCCUGCGUGUGCCUGGUGCUCAGAUGAGGCCCUCCCUCUGGGCUCGCCCCGCUGUAACCUGAAAGAGAAUCUGCUGAAGGAUAACUGUGCGUUGGAGUCCGUCGAGUUCCCCGUCAGUGAGGCCCGCAUCUUAGAGGCCAGGCCCCUCAGCGACAAGGGCUCUGGAGACAGCUCCCAGAUUACUCAAGUCAGCCCCCAGAGGAUUGCGCUCCGGCUCCGGCCAGAUGAUUCGAAGAUUUUCUCCGUCCGAGUCCGGCAGGUGGAGGAUUACCCUGUGGACAUCUACUACUUGAUGGACCUGUCUUACUCCAUGAAGGAUGAUCUGUGGAGCAUCCAGAACCUGGGCACCAAGCUGGCCUCCCAGAUGCGCAAGCUCACCAGUAACUUGCGGAUUGGCUUUGGGGCUUUUGUGGACAAGCCUGUGUCACCAUACAUGUACAUCUCCCCUCCAGAGGCCCUCAAAAACCCCUGCUAUGAUAUGAAGAACACCUGCUUGCCUAUGUUUGGCUACAAACAUGUGCUGACACUAACUGACCAGGUGACCCGCUUCAAUGAGGAAGUGAAGAAGCAGAGUGUGUCGCGGAACCGAGAUGCCCCAGAGGGUGGCUUUGAUGCCAUCAUGCAGGCUACAGUCUGUGAUGAGAAGAUUGGCUGGAGGAAUGAUGCCUCCCACUUGCUGGUGUUUACCACUGAUGCCAAGACCCAUAUUGCGCUGGAUGGAAGGCUGGCAGGCAUUGUCCAGCCCAAUGAUGGGCAGUGCCACGUUGGCAGUGACAACCAUUACUCUGCCUCCACUACCAUGGAUUAUCCCUCUCUGGGGCUGAUGACCGAGAAGCUAUCCCAGAAAAACAUCAAUUUGAUCUUUGCUGUAACGGAAAAUGUAGUCAGUCUCUACCAGAACUAUAGCGAGCUCAUCCCAGGGACGACAGUGGGGGUUCUGUCUGCCAAUUCCAGCAACGUCCUUCAGCUCAUUGUUGAUGCUUAUGGGAAAAUCCGCUCUAAAGUAGAGCUGGAAGUGCGGGACCUCCCCGAGGAGCUGUCUCUAUCCUUCAACGCCACCUGUCUCAACAACGAGGUCAUCCCUGGCCUCAAGUCUUGUGUCGGACUCAAGAUUGGAGACACGGUGAGCUUCAGCAUUGAGGCCAAGGUGCGAGGCUGCCCGCAGGAGAGGGAGAAGUCCUUCACCAUCAAGCCUGUAGGCUUCAAAGACAGCCUCACCGUUCAGGUCACCUUCGACUGUGACUGUGCGUGCCAGGCCCAUGCUGAGCCUUACAGCCGCCGCUGCAACAAUGGCAACGGGACCUUUGAGUGUGGGGUGUGCCGCUGCGGGCCCGGGUGGCUGGGGUCCCAGUGCGAGUGCUCCGAAGAGGACUACCGCCCCUCGCAGCAGGAAGAGUGCAGCCCCCAGGAGGGCCAGCCCGCCUGCAGCCAGCGGGGCGAGUGCCUGUGUGGCCAGUGCGUCUGCCACAGCAGUGACUUUGGCAAGAUCACGGGCAAGUACUGCGAGUGUGAUGACUUCUCCUGCGUCCGCUAUAAGGGGGAGAUGUGCUCAGGUCACGGCCAGUGCAGCUGUGGGGACUGUCUGUGUGACUCCGACUGGACCGGCUUCUACUGCAACUGCACCACGCGCACCGACACCUGCAUGUCCAGCAACGGGCUGCUGUGCAGCGGCCGGGGCAAGUGUGAGUGCGGCAGCUGCGUGUGCAUCCAGCUCGGCUCCUACGGGGACACCUGUGAGAAGUGCCCCACCUGCCCUGACACCUGCACCUUUAAGAAGGAGUGUGUGGAGUGUAAGAAAUUUGACCGGGGAGACCUACGUAAAGAAAAUACCUGCAGCCGUUACUGUCGUGAUGAGAUUGAGUCUGUGAAGGAGCUCAAGGAUACUGGCAAGGAUGCAGUGAACUGCACGUACAAGAAUGAAGAUGACUGUGUUGUCAGAUUCCAGUACUAUGAAGACUCCAGUGGAAAGUCCAUUCUCUAUGUGGUAGAGGAGCCAGAGUGUCCCAAGGGUCCUGACAUCCUGGUGGUCCUACUCUCAGUGAUGGGGGCCAUUUUGCUCAUCGGCCUUGCUACUCUGCUCAUCUGGAAGCUCCUCAUCACCAUCCAUGACCGGAAGGAGUUUGCUAAAUUUGAGGAAGAGCGAGCCAGAGCAAAAUGGGACACAGCCAACAACCCACUGUAUAAAGAGGCCACAUCCACCUUCACCAACAUCACCUACCGGGGCACUUAAUGACAAGCAGUCAUCCUCAGUUCACUGUCAGGCUGUCCCAGAAUUGUGGACACAUCUGCUGUCAUGUUUACAGGGAAUGAAAUCUGUGGGGCAGGAUCGGGGGCUGGGAGUGGGGUGGGUUCCAAGAAUGUCAGUAUGUGGAGGUGUGGGUCUCUGUGCGUGUGUACGCGUGAGUGUGCUGCAUGUGGGGGAGUGUGUAAUUUAAAACUUGAGGUGUGUCCAGACACGUGGAGCUCCUCAGCCUUUGUCCGCAGAAUGCCUCCUUCAGGGAUCCUUCCUGCUUAACCUUAGGGUGACCCACGUAGCUGAGCAGGUACUGUUCAUUACCUCAGUGAGAAGCCAGCUUUCCUUUUCCGGCCAUUUCUCCCGAAGAGAAGGGCAGGGCUGAGCCUCUCAUUCCAGAGGAAGGGGCCUUGACUCUGCCUUGAGUUUACGGUUCUUGGGUCCGACGCUCAGCAGCUCUGAUAGCAAAUGCUGGGCUCUGCAGCCUUGUUGUGUCAUCUGGACUUUGAUUUCCUUUGCCUUCCCUCAGGCUGAAGGAGAAAUCAGAAGCAAGCGGAGCCAUCGGAGUUGCCUGUCUUUUGCUAUCCCCUCAAUCUAGUAUGGUUCUCUCACAAGGGGAGCCCUUGCCAGCAAUCCUGUUGGGAGUGAGGAUGGGAAGGCCACUCAGGGGUCAUGCAUGGCCUGGAUGAAUGUGCCAGAGUCCCCCAGUUCAUAAUCAUCACCCUUCAGAUUUGUCUCCUUGGCACCCCACCCUAGAAGUUCGAUUGGAGGACGCGUGUUACCCUUAGACCAGCAUCACCUCUUUACCUUCUACGUCCACACUCUCACUGCUGUAGACAUUUGCUACAUACUGGGAAUUUCUUUCAUGACCGGACGCUUUUCCUCCCAGGGAGAGUGCUGUGAUGAGAGCCAGAGAUCUGGCCCCACCCUUCAGGCCCUCUGCCCCUUGUCCAAGGCACCCCCCCGCCCCUACACCCAAUCUGGUGCUUCUGUGUGCUACAUCCAUCCAUGGGGCUGAUUGCACUUAUCUACCUCUUGGCUGUCUUGUGAAGGAAUCAUUCCCAUGGGUCUCUGAGUCUGCUGGGCAUAUGUGCCACAUUUAGAAUGAUGGGCCAGUUGGAUCAGCGUGUGUGGCCUAUUCUCCUAUGGGCUGGGCAACCUCAUUUUAACUCAGUCUUUAAUCUGAGAGGCCACAAGUGCAGUUUUAUUUUAUUUUUCUCAUUGGGUCACCUGAAACCAUGAUGAGGCUUGCUUAAUCUAAAGGAAUACGUACAGAAACACAUUUGCAUUCUAUUUUGUAGUUUUAUUUGAGGAGGAGGAGCAUAUUUAAAACAACAACAACAACAACAACCCCACACAGACUUGGGAUGGAUACAGACCCUCCCACUUGGCAUCAUUCAUAGGGAGUUGCUGCCCAUUUGCUGGAUCUGUAGGGGCUCUCUCAUCCUGGGAGCCUCUGGGGAUGGCCCCACGGGCAUGCUGGGCCAUUUCUGAGCAGGAGGGGUACAAGUGGUUCUUUUCUCCUAGCAGUUGCUUCCUUGGUGUUCACAUUGGUCUAAACAUUAACAACCACCCUCACCCCCCAUUCAUCAAGAAAAAGGAAAGAGCUAUAGACAGUGGUCUGACGAUCAGAAAAUGUAAGUCCUGGCCUCAUUGUUGCAGCUGAGGAAGCUUUACCCUUAAUUAAGGCCAGCCUCUCUUCCUUCCCUUCGGGGCUCAGUUUUCUAGUUUGAAAAAUGAUAGUUUGGGCCAGCCAGUCUGGAAGGUGUCUUUCAAUAUCGAUAAUCUGAGAUGCUGGGACUUACUGUGGCAUCCGACAUACAGUCAAGAUUCCGUGAGAUGUUGAUACUACUUUUUUUGUUGUUAAGUUGGGAGAUCUGAGAGACCGGCUUUUGCAAGAGCGGAUGUCAUUCCACAUCACCUUUCUCAAUGAAAAAGCCUCAUUCUGGCCUCUCUUAGAGCCCCUUCUCCGAUGUUUGUUAGCAGUCACAUUUCCUAAUGUAGCACUCAAGCUCCACUCAGUUUAUUAUUCCUUAGCUCACUUUGCACACGUUUGCAUCCACAUAUAAGGGAGAGGAAUCCAUUAAGAAGUAGCUGAAAUGUGUAUUCUGUGUUCGUGUGUUAACACUGAGAAUAAGCCUUGGAAUUAGGAGUAGGGCAAAUGACUGAGCCUUGUCUCACCCAUGGAUUACUCUUUACUGAAAGGGAUGGUAGUACAGUAGAGGGGUAAAUGGGGGAGGGGAGGGUUGAUAAUGAAUCCAAGAAGUUUAGAACCUAACUAUACCCUCUGGCUACUGAGACAAGAGUCCAUUAAAGCAGUAGUUGGACCUUUUCUUUAGAUAAGAUGGUUUAUAUGAAGACACUAUAUCAAAGGAGGAAGAACAUAUAUUUAAAGGAUGAAAAAAUCAGUAGGACUCUUCUCUGAGCUUCUGGAAGGAGACUCCUAGGCUUUAAAAAGGCGCCGGGUGGUCCAGUUAGGUGUUUGACUUUGGCUGAGGUCAUGAACUCGCAUUUUGUGAGUUCCAGCCCCACAUCAGUCUCUGUGCUGACAGCUCAGAGCCUGGAGCCUGCUUCGGAUUCUGUGUCUCCCUCUCUCUCUGUUCCUCCUCUGUUCACGCUCUCUCAAAAAUAAAUGAAGAUUAAGAAAAAAAAAAAAGACCAAUACUCUUUGUAUGCGGGGAGAACCUGUAGCUGUGUUCGCGAGACAGCAAAUGGCAGUCAGUUUGGGCAUCACGUAGGGUGAACAUCUAAAUAGUAUUUUGGUAUCAGCACAGCCCAAAGAAGUUAUUUAUUUGUGCUCAGCUCAUCUGGAGAGAACUUAUGUUCAGUCUCAGGGUGUGUGGAUAGUAAUGGGAAGCUUGGGAUGCUCCUGACAAGUUGUCACUUAACGAAUCCCAUCUUUCUCUCUCAGAUAUUCCUAGACCAUCCAUGAUUUCAAGAUCCUUCUCUUUGUUAGGUAUUCCUGGUUGAAAUGACUUAAGUGCCUUCCUGACUUCCUAACCACCCCCUCUGUUUGAAUUGUGCAACAGUAAAUUAAAUGUGCUUUCCAAAAAGAA